AUGGUGUGGUUUACCUGGAUCGAGUUGGACACGGUUACUUUUGGCAUACAGAGAAUGCACAAUCUGUUUUUGCAACUUCUUUUGCCUAUUGGAAUACACUGCUGUCAGAGCAUUGGAACUUUAAAGCUGACCGAAGUUCCUGUCGUCAAGUCAAACUCAGGAGGUAGUGUAUUACCGACUACAGUUCAAAACACGGAGUCUGUACAUCCAUUCUCAGUGAACUUAACAGAAUUUCUUGCAAGCCGGCUUCAGAUGGAUACACAGGACCUUGUUUCAGUACCCGUGUAUUUUUCCGACGUUGAACAAAGCCGACCUUUCGUAAUUAGACGGCAGACGGAUGGACACCCUUGGUACCAGCUGACAACCACGGUGCUACCAGACCGUGAAAGCAUCUGUGAUAAACGUUUGUAUCCCGAACGAAUGACUGUAUCACAAACAUGUUGUCCCCUGGAAUUCACUGCCCCAGCAGAACUUUCAUUGACCCCUGCAAAUUAUCCUUGUUGUGUAUAUCUAGGAGUAACAGUCCUAUCCAAAGGGACUUAUUUCAUUCGCAUUGAUGUCGGUGAUGUGAACGACAAUGCCCCGUUUUUCAGUGCAAUAAACAGCAACACUAAUCGCAACUUCAUGUCAACUUACAGAAAAGAGAUAAUCGGGAAAGUGAUUAUUUCUAUCCCUGAAGGCACACCGCCCAACUCGUGGUUUGCGCUGCCCAUGGCAACUGACCCCGACGAAGGGAUGAACGGGGCAAUACGCUACUCGAUCUCGACUAAUGGUGAAGAGCGUUGGGCUGAAUAUUUUCGCCUGCUGAACAACUUGAAAACUGCGUCUCUCCCGGUGAACAGCACUCAAGUUAGUGUGGCUUGGAACAACGCUGGAACGAUGAAUCAUCUAAGUUUGGGUGAUUACAGUGGACCUGGUCUCAUGGUACUUCAGACCUUAGAUCGAGAAUCAAUUGCGGACUACAAUUUACGUUUGGUUGCGGCUGAUCUUGGAGAAUCUAUUGGAUGGAGUAGUACCAUUCAGCUGCAGAUUUUGGUACUUGACGAAAAUGACAACGCACCCGUUUUCGAAAAGGCUGUCUAUGAAGUCGAAGUGAACGAAAACCAAGCUGGGAUUCCGCUCCUCUAUGUGAAGGCGAAUGACUCCGACUCGGAUAAUAACGGUCGUGUGGUGUACUUUAUGAAACCUAGCCGCACAGAUAACACGGUCAGUUUUGACUUCUUGCGGACUCACAUUCAACUAGUUCCCAUGAAUGAUGGGGUGACUCUUAGGCUGAGCCAGCCGUUGGAUUAUGAACGAAGCCCGGCCUUUCAUUUCGAUCUUGUGGCAGCAGAUCAAGGGCGAGUUCCAUUAUCAUCCAGUGCAUCUAUCCUCAUUACCGUCAGGAAUGUGAAUGAUCAUCCUCCUCUCAUUCGUUUCUUUCUCCACGGGGAACCACUCGAGCAUGAUUACGCCCGACUUAGUGUAACGGAACAUUUUGGCACAGUGCCUAAACAAUCCUUGCAAGAUAAUCUGUUGUGUCAUGUUCACGUGACCGACGCUGACAGUAAUCUUGACAAAAUUCAGUGCAAUGUGGAAUCGGGAGACCGGAAGUUUGUCCUCCGUGAGGUCAUGACUGACCAACUGGUACAAAGGAGGAAGAUUUAUGAGCUAACAGCGACAACGUUGUUGGAUCGCGAAUCUACUCCAACCGAACUUAUCACUGUUCGUUGUCAAGAUGAUGACGGUCCCUCGAGGCUUGUCAGUCAAAAACAGUUACAUCUGACUCUUAAGGAUGUGAAUGAUAACCCUCCGAAAUUCUUGCAGGAACAAUAUCAUGGUUACGUGUCCGAGAAUGCAGUGAAUGCUGUUGUCGUGUUGCACUUAUCUAACGCAACUUGGAAGGACGGAGUUGAUAGCACUGUAAUAUGUGCGGUCGACAACGACACCGGUAUCAAUGCUAAUGUUCAAUAUUCGCUUCAAAGCUGGUUGGAAGAAGACAAAGUAGCGAAGCAUGGUACAGAGAACGGCAGUCAGACCGUAGAUGAGAAAAACACCCUUCUACGAUAUGAUCACUCUCAGGAUGCAAAUCAAUUUUAUAUCGAUCCUACAUCAGGACAGCUACGAACUCGCACCGCACUGGACUGUGAAAAGCAAAAGCUCUAUCGAUUUUUGGCCGUCGCGAUGGACAAAGCGCAACCACCUGAAUCGAGGUACACAACGACUGUGAGAGUUACGAUUGAGGUUCGUGAUGAGAAUGACAAUCCACCAGUAAUGGAAAAACGACAUUAUGUAUUCAAAGUGAAAGAAAACUUACCGCGUCACUCGCGCGUUGGGCAAAUACAUACUACAGACGCUGAUGUAUCCCCGGAAAAUCGUCGAACAGUGUAUGAACUCCGUGAUAUAGUCAAUAUCAACGCUUCUCAAAUGCUCUUCAUCGAGUCGUUGCUGAAAAUCCGUCGACAGCCCACGACCUGUUUCGCCCUUUUUGGGGCUCAUCAGGGUCCUCAACCAAUGCCUUUGGCUCAAAAGCCUAGCCGCAAGGCAGCGGUGUUUGGCUGGAAAUGUAAGUACACUACUAUUUUUUCACGUCGCCAUACAUGCUCCAACCCCCAACCUGGAUGGCCAGGAGACUGUGUUCGUCGGACCUCUACCGAUGUACCAACCUGGAAUGAGAGACUCUGUGAGCACCGUGUGGACACUCCCCAGUAUAGCUCAAUGAGUCACCGAGGUACACAAACCGCCACACCACGGCAUACUGGUGUCAUUCGCACGCGCAAGGUCCUCGAUCGUGAAGAAAUCCAACAAAUCCCAUUCGUGGUCAUUGCGAGAAACGAGUUUCCAAGUCCGAUGCAGCAAACUCUUCGAGAUUCCAUCCGGGUUCAUAGCACUAUGAAUAACAGCAAACUGUACGAUGAGGCCAGUGUGACGGUGGAGGUAGAGGACGAAAAUGACAAUGCGCCCGUUAUGCUUGCUCGCGGAUCAGACCGGCAGUCUUCCACAACAGACAGCUUAUCAACUAUUGCUGAUAUCACUUUCAACACAAAUAUCAAAAUACAGCGUAGUCCAUGUGUAGAAUUUCCAUAUUACUUUGCCGACGCAGAUGACCAGUCAAAUGGCGAAGUUGACGUUGUUAUGGAACCUAAUCCCUACUUUGAAUUCCGCCUAGCAAACACACUCAUUUGUCAGAUAAGUGAUAGCGCUCCGCCCGUAGGACAGAGCAACCUACGCAUUACUGUCAGUGAUCGGCCUAGUGAUUCAUCAAAAGUCCUGAGACGCCGGUUUACCGUACGCAUGCAUGUAAUCCGGGAGGAACCUGGCAGACUGAGCGACAACGUUGAACCUUCAGUUCAUUUGAAGAGUGACAUCCAAGUUCCAACGAAUCCAUUUAACAAUGUACCAGAACAUCAACGUCGCAUAACUGAGGAUCAGGUCUCAGACAAAAAUCCUGCGUGGAGUCCCGAUAUACGACAGCAUGGUGUCAUGGCCCAAGGUAGGCAGGCGUCGCGGGAUCGGAGAAUGGAACAUAGGGGCAGCGCGGUCAUCAUUGUAACAAUUUUGGUUGCAGUCUCCAUUCUACUGUGCCUUCUGCUACUGGGUGCAGUCAUCGCACUUAGACGAGCUUCACUGGCGUCACAUGUAACCGCGUCUGGUCGAUAUCGCAAGCAAAGGAAAUCUGAAGAAAAGAGUCGCUACGAUGGGAAGGAUGUGGCACCUUUCCACAACCACCACACGCUGAGCCUGCCGCGGCAGUGUCAAAACGAUGGUGCUCAAACGCCGACGGCCACCCAAGGACCUCUUCCUUCAUUGUAUGCAACCAGUGACUCUCGACGUGCUCAGUUGCUGAUUCCCAAUUCCCCUUAUCAACUUCUGCUUACCCACCAAUCAUGUGACAACAGGAGCACCUUUGCCGGACAUCAGGAGGUAACUCCCCCAUCAGCAUAUAGGGGCAUUGUUGAAUCAUCAAAAGUAGUUUCAUUCUGUAAUGAAGAACGUUUUGUGCAUCCGGAUCGCCAGUUAGGCAAUCACGAAGCUGCAUUCGUUAGAGAUGGCAGUUCUCUGACAGCUUCUCCAACGAACUCGAUGAACAAAGACCCACUUGGUUCAAAACCGGAACAAUCACCAUGUUGCAGUGAGAUUAAGACGCCAAACUUCCACAAACCACAAACCACCUCAUAUUUUCCCCUAAAUAUCCAUUCAUUAACAAUAGGAGACGACUAUCAACAACUGCAUAGAAUAGAAAGCGCUAGAUUUCCUGGGGACCAUGAAGAGCGCAUCGUGCAAUGGGCAAAUGGAAUAGCUUCUAUGAAAGAGGAAUUUGAUCAGUCAGUUUCAACCGCUAGAACUGACGAACAUGCGACUGUUUCUGCAAACCAUCUUAGUUUUGUAUAA